AUGGAAGAGAAGGACCCCAAAGACCCUGGAACUGGCCUUCAAAAAAAGAUAUCAAAAAAAGGUCGCCAUCCCAUCCAAGCAGCGAGUGGUGCUGAAUUCCAGGAAAGAGCUGUGCCAGAGAUCUUGGUUCAGGACACUGUGACCACAGAUGUACGCAGCCGAUGCUUCCGGCAGUUCUGUUACCAGGAGGCUGAUGGACCCCGAGAGGUUUGCAGCCGGCUCCAUGAACUUUGUAAGGACUGGCUGGAGCCAGAGAGGCGCACCAAGAAGGAGAUUGUGGACCUGGUGAUCCUGGAGCAGUUCCUGGCCAUCCUGCCGCAGGAAGUGCAGGGCUGGGUGAGAGGAUGCGGGCCAGAGACCAGUUCCCAGGCAGUGGCCCUGGCUGAAGGUUUCCUCCUGAAUCAGGCAGAGGAGAAGAGGCAGGCACAGCAGAUGUGGGGAGGAUCCGUGAAGGUGGAAGGAAAGUUCUCUGAGGCAGAAGGAGCUCUGUCAGAGGAAGGUCAGAGGGCACAGGCCCAGGAGCAUGCCCGAGAGGCCCUGUCAAGUGGCAGUGAAGACAUUUUGUUGAACCGUUUUCUUUGCAGAGAACUGGAAACAGCAGCUCCACCUCUGGUCCAGGUAGGGGGGGAAAUGAACGGGGAAUAGUCAGGGCCUUUGCUCCAUUCUCAGGGAUGCUUUUGCUCCUGUUGUCUGAGGAAGAGAUGCAAAUUGAUAGCCAACUGCUGGAAUGGCAUCAAUUCAACCUACGAUGAGUGCUUGUGUUUUCUCUUAAUAAUGCAACUUAUUCUUAGGAAUGCAACUUAUUCACAGUGGAAAAAAAAUAUGUAUUACAGAAACUUGACAUUCAAAACAACAUCAUAUAAUACAAAAACCUUACAUCUGCCUGAGGCUAUACCACAGGAAAAAGACACUGCUUAAGUCAUCUGAAAAAAUAUGGAUGGUGUCUCUUCCUCAGUAACUUUUUGUAUGGCAUAGACACUCAGAAUCUUGGCAGAAUAUUGUUGGUCUUAGCCUGCUUUAUUUCCUAUGGUUCACUGAAGAAGGGAGACCAAAAUGAGACAAUUAUCCAGAAAUCUUGUGUGAACUUGAGAAUUUGUGAACUUUGGAUUGAAUUUCUGAUUCAGCAACUUUGUACUUUGUAUCUGUUAACUGAGUAAUUUUGAUGUUGUAACUCUGUAUUUUAGACUUACAUCCCUUGAAUGACACAAAACUUGUAAAGUUAUUGAUUUUUCAGGCAAAUGUAAGAUUUUUGUAUCAUGAAAAUGUUGUCUUGAAUGACCAGUUUCUGUAAUCUCUAUAUUGUUCACUAUGAAUAAGUUACGUUAUUAAGAGAAAA